ACACCCACAUCCACAUCCACACCCACACCCAUACCCAUACCCACACCCACACCUUGGUCCAAGGUUCUCAUGCAAAAACACCAGUAGGAGUUCAAUCAUUGCACAACGUGACACUGCAGCAUUCGCAAAAGCAGUUGACUUUCUUAAGCAACCGUGAUACAGACCUAUUACAGCACAAAUUUCAGUGUGGCAGUACUGGGAAACGGACAAACUCUUAAGAGCAACGGAUAGCAAAAGAGAAGAUGUCACAAGGGAAUCAAUCCAACAACAUCAACUCAACCAUUCCCAACCAAUACCACAACGCCUUGGCCACCAUGUACAGCGUCAUACUUGCGGGAGGCAUCGUUAGCAUAGGCCUCAUGAUCAGCGUCCUCAAGUCCAACGUCCGAUCGGUGACGACCGUGGCGGUGCUGAACCUGAUCGCGGUCCACCUCCUCUUCCUGCUCACCGUGCCGUUCCGGAUCUACUUCUACGCCACCAACUCGUGGCCGAUGAACAGGGACUUCUGCAAGGUGGUGAGCGGCAUGAUCCACGGGCACAUGUACAUCACGUUCAUCUUCUACGUCGUCAUCCUGGUGAUCCGCCACCUGGGCUUCUUCCGCGGCGGGAGCAGCGUGGACUUCCACCGGAAGCUGCACGCCGCGCUGGCGAGCGCGGCGGUGUGGACCGUGACGCUCGCCGUCGUCCUCCCCAUCUUCGCCAUCAAUUACGGCGAAAGCGCCAACACGAAAGCGCUUGCCGGCAAUGAGACGAAACUGCUUGCCGGCAAUGACACGAAACUGCUUGCCGGCAAUGACACGAAACUGCUUGCCGGCAAUGAGACGAAACUGCUUGCCGGCAAUGAGACGAAACUGCUUGCCGGCAAUGAGACGAAACCGCUUGCCGGCAAUGAGACGAAACCGCUUGGCGGCAACAAGACCUGCUUCAACUUCGGCGGGGAGCUCCAGCAAGGCCCCGUCAAGGUGCUAAACUACGUGAUCAUCGCCGUCGUCCUCCUGGUCACCUUCCCGCUCGUCGGCUGCCAGGUCUGGAUCUUCGUGCUGGUCCUGCGGAAGUACAAAACCAACUUCUCUCAGCACCAGGAGUUCUGGGCUCAGGUCAAAAGCCUGUGCUUCGUGCUGGUCAUGUUCGUGUGCUUCGUUCCCUAUCACUUGUUCCGGAUAUUCUACGUGCUUAAUCAAAUCCGUCUUCACGACGCGAACGAGGUUUUCCUGGCCGUGACCGCUUUGAGCUGCUUGGACAUGCUGACUUUCAUAGGCCGAAACCCCUGCGGCGCGUGCUACGUGGGGAGCUGCUGCAGGUAGUCGCAGCCGUAAUAAUCUUUUUUAUUUUUUUUAAAAAGAAGAA